GUCAAGCGGUUGUCGAGCGCUCGUCUCGGCCCCACGGUUGGCUUUUCCUCGCCGUGUCCGAGCUGUGUGGCGCGGUGUGGCACCCCCCCUCCCGGCCCCUCCCGCCAGCCCCGCGGGCAGCGGUUCAUCCGCGGCGAUGAGCUCGCCAGUAUAAGUGCCUUUAAGAAGAGAUCCUCAGCUUGAAGUUGCAGGAAAGCUUGUUUUUCCUCUGGGUCCAGAAACAACACCUGGUGCCGCCACUUUGCACACCAUCAAAGGAGGAUAAUGGUCUAAAAAAGCAACUGGUCUCACAUAGUUUCCAAAGAAAAGCCAACGAGUGGUAGUGUAUGACGGAUGGGCGAUCUCCAAGCUCAGUGACCUUCAUUCUGAUCCCUCUCACUGCGGCUCAUGGAGGACUCAUCAGCUUGUUUUAGGAGAGGACUGUGAUCGGCCUUCCGCUUUCUGCACCUCGAUUGUCUUAUAAUAAACAGUUUAUGAUCAAAAACCUUUGACGACAUGGCGUCGGGGAGAGACACAAAAUGGCUGACCCUGGAAGUGUGUCGCCAGUUUCAGCGAGGAAACUGUUCACGCAGCAACGAGGAGUGCAAAUUUGCUCACCCGCCAAAGAGCUGCCAAGUGGAAAAUGGGAGGGUCAUCGCCUGCUUUGACUCGCUAAAAGGCCGUUGCUCGAGAGAGAACUGCAAGUACCUUCAUCCUCCUUCACACUUAAAGACCCAGUUGGAAAUAAACGGGCGCAACAAUCUCAUUCAGCAGAAGACAGCAGCUGCAGUGCUCGCCCAGCAGAUGCAGAUUAUGAUCCCUACAGCCAGCCUGCAGUCUGUGGGUCUUGGCACUAACACUGGUCUCGGCUACGGUUCCUACUUGACACCCCUGAGCCACGGGAUGGGCCUGCUUUCCACAGACAUCCUCCCGAGCAGCCAGGUUCUGGUUUCAGGGAGCCAACCUGUCACCGUCCAGAGCUCGCCUUCUUCUUCACCCUCGCAGAAGCUCCAGCGCACUGACAAACUGGAGGUGUGUCGGGAGUUCCAGCGGGGGACCUGUGCUCGGGGGGAGACCGACUGCCGCUUCGCCCACCCCAGCGACAGCCCCAUGAUCGACACCGUCGACAACACUGUCACCGUUUGCAUGGACUACAUCAAGAGUCGGUGCAGCCGCGACAAGUGCAAGUAUUUUCACCCGCCUGCGCACUUGCAGGCCAAAAUUAAGUCCGGUCAACAUCAGACAGCCAUGGCGGCCCAGGCCACAGCUGCAGCCGUGACUCAGUCGACUGCCAAAGCAAUGAAGCGACCCCUCGAGGCAACUGUAGACCUGGGCUUCCCGCACAGCAUCCUGCAACCGCUACCAAAGAGAGCAGCUCUGGAGAAGAGCAACUGGGCCAGCUCGCUGCUCACCCCCAGUUUGCUGCACUACCAACAGGCUCUAGCCAACACGCAGCUGCAGCAGCCCACGGCUGCAUUCUACCCCGCAGGGUCUGUUUUGUGUAUGACUCCAUCGAAUAGCGUCGAUUAUUCUCAAGUAACCACCAGAAACAGGACUGAGUGCCACAAAGAUCCAGAGCAGUCCAUCUGUACAUACCGUGUUCACGGCGCUCGUCGCCUGCAGCAAGCUGCAUGCUGAUGAAGCAUCACCAGUGGAGUACAUCACCACAUACAGUACGGUAUCCCAUUAAGGAUUGUACGUGUCACACAACAAGACCCUAUGCAUGGACAUGCUGUACAUGCCUUUGCAACUGUAAAUCAUCCGCGCUGUAUUCAUUCCCGAAGCAACUGGGGGAAAAGUAACAUAACAUAGUCAGAACCAUAUAAACAGGAACGUACUGAAAGAUUCUAACAGAUAGAAAUGUUAGCUGACAUUGUAAUGAUGUAAAUAGUCACGUUGGGUGUGUGUACAUCAUGGCAGUGCCCAUUGUAAAGGGGUAACAACCAUGUUAGAGAUUGUUCACUUUCUUGAAUGCGUCGUUUCUUUGUAACAGUAAUGAUUGUUUGACCUAGUGCCAGAUUCAAUUGUUUUAUUAGCGACUAGCGAAAAGCACUUAUUUUAAAUUAUAUCAAGAUGGCCCUCAGUGUACAGGCUUUUAUCCACAGUGAGCAGUGCUCCUCCACCUGGUGUGCCUUUUCAUUGCAUUGAAAGUCUGUUAGCCGGUGUCGACCCAAUCAAAUGUGCUUUCUAAGGGAACACAUUCAACCCUCCCACCCCCAAAAUAAGAUAUUUAAAAUUGAAUGAUCGGUCAGAAUUAUAGGCAUUUUCCAUAAGCGUUAGUUUAUUCAAUGUAUAUUCAAACUGAAGCGUGAUCUACGAGGACUGAACUGUUAUUGUAACUGUUCAGUCUUAUUUGAAUGUUACAAGUGCCUAAAGAGUUGUCAUAUUUAAGGGGCUUCGAACGACAUUGUCCUGUAUUUAAAAAAAAAAUAAUCAAAAAAAUCUGAGAUCUAGAAAGUUGUGAACACGUCUUAAAUGCUUUGUGAAGACUUUUAUGAAUAUUUAUGUACCCUCAUUAUUAUUAAGAAUUAUUAUCUACUCUCUAUUUUAUUUCAUAUUUAAGAUGACUGUAGUCCCCCCUCUCUCCUUUUCAACAAUGUUUCUUAAAUAGUUGAAUGUGCAGAUGAUUAGAAGAAUUUAAAAAGGACGAAAAGUGUAGUUUAUUUAGACAAAAUGGAAGACAUUCUGUUAAAUACGUUGAUUAACUUUUAUUCCUUGAUUUUACAGACUUUUGAACCUUCACAUGGGAUGGGCAUUGAACUAUGUUUCGUUAAUCUACCAUUGGGAAAAUUAACAAUUGAUUAAUUGAUUCAUUAAUAUUGUUGACUGUUCUAAUCUCCUGCUUCCAUGCCAGUGUCAAAUUGAGCUUAGUGAUGCAGCCCAGAGGACUUGUGCAAUAGUUGAGGCCUGCGUGGCUCGAGCUCAACUCGUCAUAGAUGACGUCAUGUUCUGCUUGAAGCUGGGUUCACACGCUUAACGAUAAUCGGGCCAAAUUGGAGCAUUUUCCCACGCUUGCAAUCAAAGUCAGCAAAAGCCUGAUUAUCUGAUGUCCCUGAAAGAUUGUCCUGAGGCAUUAUCCUGUGGUGUGGGUUGUGGUAACACUGAUUUGACCAUGAGAAUCGUAAAUGUUAAACCUGUUGAGUAUUUAUGAUUGCACAGCCGGAUUUGGAAGGAGACACUAGACAGAUUUUUAAUGGCGAUAUUGUUAUGUGAGGUCUUGGUUGUCUGGAGUGCACCACACACGCCAUAAGAGCAGUAAGCACACGUGCCGAUUUUUUCUCUCUCAUUGAGUGGUGUCGCUCACGUUUUACAAAGACAUUGGGUUAAGAUGUUAAAAAUCAAAUGUACAUGUAGCCCGCUCAAAAGAUUAUCCUGAGAGAUUACCCUGUGGUGUAGUUUAAUAAGAGUGAUAUUUUCUACCCUUAACUGCUCGAAAAACGGUGAGGGCCAGCAAUUGUAAAUCUUAAACCAGUCCAAUGUUCACGAACGAAAAUCUUUUAUCUGUGUGGCCAGAGACUCACAAAUAUCGGUUGAGAUGUUGUUAUGUGUGUGGUUUUUUGUUCAUCUCAAGUACACCACACAUAAGAGCAGUAAGCAGUGUUUUUUUUCCUCGUCAUGUGUAGUGGGGUCUCACGUUUUUUUUUUGUACAAAAUUCGGUCGGUAUGUACUCUGCCUUAGACAACACUUCAUUUAGUCUCAAUUGCUUCAAGAUAUGAUUAAUUAACAGUCAAUUACACACAAUUCUUGAUCAAUUAAUUGAUUAAUAUGCCCAUCCUUAGUGUCCGGUGUUUGUUGUUUUUUUUGGGUUUUUUUUUUAUAACACGACUAUGUUUGAUUAAUUCAGACAAUCUAUUAAGAUGUUAUAUUAUUUCUUCCCCAUGAUGUCAUUUUUGUUGUGAAUUCUUUGAUUUUAAUGCUAAUGUAUCUACGUAUGUAUGUAUGUAUGUAACGUUAACAUGCCAGAACUUAUUUUCUCCAGGGUUGUCUGUGAAUGUAACCUCUUAUAAGCUGACUUUUGUUGAGAUUCCUCAAAAAAAAUUUAAAAUAUAAGCAAGAAGUGAUCUCAUUUGCCUCCGACAAGUUGCCAUUUGCUGUUCAGGGUGGAGUGUCGGGAGAAAAAGACCAUAGAAUUGUUGACGUAACAAAGUGCAUUGUACGUGCUAGCGUAAUAAUCGUUCAGCUUUUAACUCGUCACAAACUCGGGAUGUCUGUCGUCGCUGUGAUUGUACUGUCACAUACUUCAUUUUACAGUAAAACUAUCCAGUGCAUCGUAACACUUUCGGUAUGUUGGUGUGAAUUUUAAACAUACAGCGAUACAAAUAAUCCACGGGUAUUGAAUCCAUCAAUACAAAACAGUAUCCUUUAGAUUGAGAAUGUCUUGUGUGAAACAUUUAUUUCAAGCACUUACACAGUAAAGAUAACCGAAAAGUUGCUUUUAUUUGAUUGUGAUUGUUGCCUUAUUAUUCUUCAUCGACGCCUACAUUUGCAUUUAAUUCCACUCUGCUUGUCGAAAGAGAAGACACAACUCUGGGAAAUGAUGUCCGAUGGAGACUAAAAAUGUCACUCAGCCCUCAGAAAUGCUUUAUGAUGUCGUACUGCUAUAAAUGGUUACAUUAAUAUUGAUUUCAUCCAUCAGUGGGCCUAACUUUAAACUUGUCCUCAUUUUCUCAUAUGAUAGUGGAUCUUAUUUUACAGUGUAUAAUUAUUCGUUCAUGUGAAUAGUGAUUUCUAAAGUCUAUAAAAAAAAAUCUAAUAUUGUCAAUAAACACUGUCCAGUUAAAGGCAA